AUGGACAUGGUGCCGGAUAGAAGACAGCUGCAAAGCAUGUUCCAGCACGACAAAGAGUCCUUCGAGGAGUAUGCUCAGAGAUGGAGGGAACUGGCUUCUCAAGUCGAACCACCUCUUGCCGAAAAGGAACUGGCUGAGCUAUUGAUUGACACUGUCCAACCCCAAUUCUUUGAGAAGAUGGUUGUUAGAGCUUCUUUGGGUUUCUCCGAGCUUGCUGCUAUAGGAGCUCGCGUUGAAUAUGGCUUAAGAAAUGGUAAACUUGUAGUUGUGGCCAGAACUUCAAGUGCUAAUCCGAAGAAGUUCUCUGGAGGGUUUCCCCAAAAGAAGGAAGCUCCAGUUCAACAACGUGCUACUGUUCCCCCGGUUUAUCAGCAAGCACCAGCAGCUCCUGUCAAUCAACAGCCGAGAGCUCAAGCUCUGAGACAAAAUGCUCAAAAUCAAAAUAGGAGACAGGGGGAUAGGGCAACCUUCAAUCCAAUUCCAAUGUCAUAUACUGAGCUUUAUCCCUCUAUAUUGCAAAAGGAUUUGGUGGUUCCUAGACCUAUGGGAUCUCCACCUGGUCGUCUGCCUCCAUGGGUUCAGGAGCUUAUUGAUAGCAAGGUUCUAUCUUUUAGGGAUAUGGGACCAAACGUGAAGAAUAAUCCUCUUCCUCCCCAUGGAGACCCUAUAGUGAAUGCAAUUGAAGAUGCCUCUGAUGGUGUUAUGGUUAAGAAAGUUGAUGAUGCUAAGACUCCUUUGGCAACAUUCCACGCCGGAUUGGUGGAAGCUGACCUGAUUAAUGUUUAUCAUAACAGCUGUGAAGAGUGUGCCACACACUCAAGGGGGUGUCAGACGAUACGAGAUAAUAUUCAAGACUUGAUGAAAAAAGUAGUGCUUCAAAUCUCCAGUAUUGCAAAGAAUGAAGAUGUGUCAGUAAUUGAACCUUGUUUCAAUUUACCUGGACCGAUUGAAAUCCCUUACUAUAGUAAUAGAAUGAAAUAUGAGAUUAUCAUUGUGGACAAGAUCGUUGAAGAAAGUGAGGACGAUGAAGUGACAGAAACUGCGAUUAAGGACGUCACAAAUAUUGCAAGAAUGAGUAGAAUGACCCGUAGUGGUCGAAUUUAUACGCCUGAAUUCAAUGUUACUCCUCAAGUUCCAGCCAAGGAAUCUACAGUUAUAGCUCCUACUAAAGAACCCGAAGUGGUCCAAUUUGAAGAUGUUGUUGAAUUCUUUAAGUUGAUCAAGAGAAGUGAUUACAAAGUUGUGGAUCGGCUACAUCAGACACCAUCUAAGAUUUCUAUUUUGUCUCUGCUAAUGAACUCCCAAGCCCAUAGGAAGGCUUUGUUGAAGGUGCUUGCCCAAGAUCAUGUAACACAAAGCAUAACAGUAGACCAGUUUGAUGGGGUGGUUGCAAACAUCACAACUUGCAAUACUUUAAGCUUUAGUGGAGAGGAAUUACCUGAGGAUGGACAAAAUCACAAUCAUGCUCUCCAUAUCUUAGUGAAGUGCAAAGAUGAUGCUUUGGCAAGAGUAUUGGUUGAUAUCAAAUCUUCUCUAAAUGUGAUGCCAAAGAGAACACUCGCCAAGUUAUCUUACCAAGGACCAGCUAUGAAGCCCAGUGCCUUGAUAGUGAAAGCUUUUGAUGGUUUCCAGAGAACCGUGAUUGGAGAGGUAGAUUUGCCCAUAUUGAUUGGCCCUCACAUAUUCCCGAUUACUUUCCAAAUCAUGGAUAUUAAUCCGGCGUACAGUUGCUUAUUGGGGCGUCCCUGGAUUCAUGUUGCAGGGGAAAUUACCUCCACUUUACAUCAGAAAAUGAAGUUUGUAGUGGACAAUCAAUUGAUCAUAAUUUCUAGGGAGGGGGAAUUUGUGGUCAGCCACCUUUCAUCCUUCAGGUAUAUCGAGGCUGAUGAGGAUGCUUUGGAAACUUCUUUCCAAGCUCUUGAAAUAGCCAACGCCACUUUUAUGGAGAUGAAGGACCCUAUUGGGAAAGCUUGUUCAUCUUUCGCUUCUCUGAAGAGCGUAAAGUCUAGUAUUGAAGGAGGAAACCCUGAAGGUUGGGGUCAGCUUAUUGAUGUUCGUGAGAAGCAUGAUCGCUUUGGUAUGAGAUAUGUGUCUUCCGCUGCAAAAGGAGCUCGGGUCCCUGCAAAGGACAACACCUGA